AUGUCGGCCAGUUCUGAAAGCUGUGAACAACUUGUCGCAGAUCUUGAAGAAGCAUCACGGCUUCCAAAAAGAGGGAGAGCUUAUAAGAACUGGUGCCAGAUCUCGAACUGCGAUCAUAAGGUUGUCAGUUGGAAAUUCAACGAGUGGGACUAUGGCAAGAAUAACAUUAAACUACCGAUAAAUGCCCGUGGAUUGUUCAUUGUUGAUAGCAGAGAUCACCCGCGCAUCGCAGCUCGAGGUUAUGACAAGUUCUUCAACAUAAAUGAGGUUAAUUUUACAUCAUGGGAAUGGCUCACUUCCAACACAUUAGGACCUUUUGAGAUCACAGUGAAAGAGAAUGGGUGUAUUAUAUUUAUUUCAGGCUUACAGGACGGGACACUGCUAGUUUGUUCGAAGCAUUCCACCGGUGCCAGAGACGACAUCGAUCGAAAUCAUUCAGUUGCCGGGGAAAAGUUUUUGGAGUGCCAACUCAAGACUAAAGGUAUUGAUCCCAAGACGCUAGCGCUAGCUCUUUACAAUGAAAAUGUGACGGCAGUAGCGGAAUACUGUGACGACAGCUUCGAAGAGCAUAUUCUCGAAUAUACUAAAGAAGCUGCUGGUCUUUAUCUGCAUGGAAUGAACUUCAAUACGCGUGAGUUUAGGACCUUGCCGAUAUCUGAGGUCUGUGACUUUGCAACCAAAUAUGGGUUCAAAAAGGUAGAUUAUCUUACGAAACACGAUAUUUCAAGCCUACGAAAAUUCUUGGAGCAAUGCGCGGAUGUGGGCUCUUAUAAGGGCAAAGAAAUAGAGGGGUUUGUGGUUAGGUGUAAGUUAGCAGAUGGAUCUGCAUUUUUCUUUAAGUUCAAGUAUGAAGAGCCCUAUUUGAUGUACCGACAGUGGAGAGAAGCGACCAAGAAAUACAUUGAAACCAAGUCUCGGGUGUUCAGCUUCAAAAAGCACAGAUUCAUCACCAACAAAUAUCUCGAUUUUGCCAUACCUCUCCUUGAUGCAGAUCGUAAACUUUGCGAUGAUUACAUGAGAGAUUUUGGUAUCAUAAAGUUGCGCAAAUUAUUUUUGCUCGACUAUGGCUUGACAGGGCUGGAAAUUUUGAACAGUGAUAAGAUUAUAAAAUUGGAAGCCCAGAAUGCAAUUGACUAUGAAACGAUAGACGAAAACACGAAAUUUUUGUUCUUCCCCAUUGCCACUAUUGGUUGCGGUAAGACCACUACUGCCCUGACACUUCAAAAUUUGUAUCCAGAAACUUGGGGCCAUGUGCAAAAUGAUGAUAUUACUGGAAGGGAUAAAUCGAUGCUGAUGAAAAAAUCGCUUGAGUUAUUGAGUCAUGAUGGCGUAAAGGCCGUCAUUGUCGAUAGGAAUAAUCAUCAGUUCAGAGAAAGGAAACAAUUGUUUGAGUGGUUCGCAGAAUUGAAAGAAAAGUACGUGUCCUAUGACUCUAACGUUAAGAUCAUUGCCCUAUCCUUUUUACCUCACGAAGAUCUCGAAGAAACUGCUAAACUUACAAUCAAUAGAGUAAUGGCCAGGGGCGAUAGACAUCAAAGCAUAAAGGUGAAAACUGAUGGAGAAAAGAAGGUUUUGGGAAUAAUGAAAGGCUUCCUAAACAGAUAUCAGCCUGUUGUCCUUAGUAGGGAACCUGAUAAUCUGUUCGACCUUGUGAUAAACUUGAAUGUGCGUGAGGCUGAUUCGUCCUUGAUCAAUGCUCAAGAAAUUCUCGGUGUCUUGCAUAAACAUUAUCCUGUUUUGGUUCCCGAAGUACCAUCUAACAUUCAAAUUCAAGCCGCAUUCGAUAAAAGCUUACUUUAUGAGCCCAAAAUUACCAAAGUCGUGGGUGGAGGAAGGGUGUAUGAUAAUAAGAAUUUGAAGUACAAGCCUGUAUAUUUCUCGGCUCAGAUCGACGAUACUAAAGCAUUUUUAAGCCUCCUUUCUGAAAUGUGUACCCAGCAAGAAUCAUCUCUAGAUCUGUCGCCAUUCAGAACAGCUAUGGAAGAGUCCAGGAUGCUUCCGAACCUGCACAUUACCCUUAGUCACGUAAUAACGGGGAAAAAAGGCUCAAAAAGGCAGAAGGACAUGUGGUGUGAGUUCAAUAAGCGGUAUGGGAAGGCGAUGUUCAAACCCAAGACUUCUGUCGAUAGCUUGCCACCGAAACGUAUAUUAACUAACGACAAAGUUAGGUUUAGGCUUAAAAAGCUAUUAUGGAACGACAAAAUUAUAACCGCUAUGGCUGAGCUUGCCGAUGAAUGUGUUAUUGAUGGAAACACUGGUGAGCCCGUUCCCCAUCUUGGGUGUGCUAACGACUAUGCGCAUAUAACACUCGCGCUACUGCAACCCCACAUAAAGCCAUUUUACUCUAACACUCUUUGUCAAAUAAUUGAUGAAGAACAUAACUUCAAUGAAGGAACAUUUAUUGACGGAACAAGUUGUCUGGUAUUCAAAAGCAGUCCUGAUAUGGAGGCUGACGUCAGCAUUAUAUUAUAA